AUGAAUUUGGAAAAUGCAUUUGUCACAAUAUAUUGUGGUUUCACAUUCAUUCUGCUCCUUAAUAUUUUCCUUUUCCUAGAUUAUUUAAAGAACCUUUUAGAAGAUUCGGCUGACUUCAAAGAUACUCAGGAUGCUCUUGCUGUUGUCAUAGAAGUGGCCAAUCAUGCAAAUGACAUUAUGAAACAGGGAGAUAACUUCCAAAAGCUUAUGCAAAUACAGUACAGCUUGAAUGGUCACCAUGAGAUCGUACAGCCAGGAAGGAUAUUUUUGAAAGAAGGGACAUUGAUGAAGCUGUCCAGGAAGAUCAUGCAGCCACGAAUGUUUUUUUUGUUUAAUGAUGCUCUGCUAUAUACUACUCCUGUUCAGUCUGGAAUGUACAAACUCAAUAACAUGCUGUCACUGGCUGGAAUGAAAGUUAGAAAGCCAACACACGAAGCGUACCAGAAUGAACUGAACAUAGAAAGCGUACAGCGAUCUUUCAUUCUUUCAGCCAGUUCUGCAACAGAAAGAGAUGAAUGGUUAGAAGCCAUCUCAAGGUCAAUUGAAGAAUACACAAAGAAAAAAAUCACUUUUAAUCCUAGCAGAAGUGUGGAAGAGGCAGACCCAGAGAAAGAGGAUGAAGACAGCCCUUUAGGGUCAAAGGCUCCCAUCUGGAUUCCUGAUACAAGAGUGACCAUGUGUAUGAUAUGUACUAGCGAGUUCACAUUGACCUGGAGAAGGCACCACUGUAGAGCAUGUGGAAAGAUAAUCUGCCAAGCUUGUUCCUCAAAUAAGCAUGGAUUAGACUAUAUGAAAAAUCAGCCUGCAAGAGUAUGUGAUCUUUGCUAUAAAGAACUCCAGAAACACCAUAACCUUUCUCUAGACUAUCUGUGCCCUCCUUCUAAAAAUGGGUCCCCAGUAAACCACAGAUCUCCAUCCAGUGCCUUGUCUACUGUGUUGCACAGUAUCCCAUCAGGAAGAAAACAGAAAAAGAUUCCAGCAGCUCUCAAAGAAGUAACCGCGAAUACAGAAGACUCUUCAAUGAGUGGAUACUUGUAUAGAUCCAAGGGCAAUAAGAAACCCUGGAAACAUCUGUGGUUUGUGAUAAAAAAUAAGGUGCUAUACACAUAUGCUGCUAGUGAGGAUGUAGCUGCUUUGGAAAGUCAACCUUUACUAGGAUUUACAGUUGCUGAAGUCAGAGAUGAAAACACAGAAUCUAAAGUAUUCCAUUUACUGCACAAAAAUACUUUAUUUUACAUAUUCAAAGCAGAUGACACCCAUUCAAACCAAAAGUGGAUAGAAGCUUUUCAAGAAGCGACAGUAUUGUAGCAUGGCUGAUGGUAUCCUCUGUUGCUGUCAAAUGGCGAUGUCAUAUACUACAAUUUUUUAGAACAGAGUGAUAGAAUUCUACAAGCAUCAACCUAAACGAAUAUUGUCUGCCAGCUUUAGGAGAUCCUGCCUCCUCUUUGUUUAGUUGAAAUACUUUUUCAAGAAAUGUGUAUACUUGUCUUUUUUCUGAUACAAAAAGUGUUAUUUAUUAAACUCUGCCAGUUUUACUUAAUGGUCAGAAUCAUUUCUGAAAUUCACUGUUGAAUUCCAAAGUGCCCUUUACAUUAUGAUCAGAGUUUUGUUUUGUAAGAAAGCUAUAAUGAACUAUUAUAUGUCUUCAGUCUUCUGCAUCAUUAUUGUCAGCACAGUUUCAAAGCUGCUGCUUUUAACAUUGCUCUUGGGAAUUAGAGUAGCAAGGUUUUCAGCCUCUUCUUGUGUCCGUUUAGGAUAGCUUGACAGUCAUUUGACUGAAUUGCUACACAAUCUCUAUUGAUACUAAGCAAAUAAGUUAUCAGAGCUACUUAAUCGUACACAAAUAGUCACGGACCCAUAAAACUUGCAUAUGUGCAUGUAAGUCAGGUUGAUCUAGUUCACUACAAUGCGUAAACAUUUAAUUCUCAAGCAGUGUCUCAAUAACUCUUGGCUGCCAGACAAACUCUAUGCCUGCAAUUAUACUAGUGAACCAUUGCAAAAGGAAUAUACCAACAAUAAGUGGCUUGUGCUUUUUUAAAAUAGUUGGUAUCCUGAGUUACAAGAAUCCUUGACUUUAAAAUGUAAGAUUCAUAUCGUAGAAAUAGGAGAGUUUCUUAGUAUGCAUCGCUUAUCGAUGGAAAAUGGAAAGGAUAAUCAUUCUACUUUCCUUGAACGUUGCACAAAAGAGUAAACUCAUAAAAUAUUUUUAAAUCCAUAUGCAAUGUACAAUUUAAAGCAUGAAUAAGAUCAUGCAAGAAGGCAACGAAUUCAUAAUGAAUGUGUUUUCCUUAAUAUACAUUCCUGAUGAGUCCAAUACGAGGUUUAUAUACAUGAUGUAAAAUUUGGUAAUUAAAUCAUCUUUACAUUUUCCUAUUAUAUAACAGGAACUGUAACUGGAAUUGCCAAGUCAAAAAGGUGUUUUCAGAAAUGACAAUGACUAGGCAUAUCAUGAUUUCUAGCUUCCUGUUCAUUUGAUGUACUGCACAAGUGCAAUACAUUAUUUUAACUUUAUUAUCUUUAGCAAAAUUUCACAACGUCUGAGGAUAGUCACACAAUGGUUGUUUAGUGCAAUUAUUGGUAGUUUGGUGCUUUUGUAUUACAUUUUUGUAUGCAAUAAAUAAAUUUUCUACAAUAAUGUAGGAGUAAGUCAGGAAAACGUUGAAAAAGUGUAUGAACAUUCAUCUAGUUAUUAUUGAACCUAAACCAAUAUCACAAGGGCCUUGACAAUAGGAUUCCUCUGUAUUUUCCAACUCUCAGGUUGCUAGUUAUUUUUUGAUAAUGGUUUUAAGCUAUACUGAUUCUUAACCUUACUACCUUAUUGCAGGGCAAUAACCAAUCAUUGCAAAGGAUUUACCAAUCUGUAAUAGUUUUUAAUUAUUUUUGUUAACCAUCUGGAUAAAAAAGUUCUGUUGCUGAGGUUUUUAGUAAGUCUAGCAAUGUGCUGAAUAUCUUAUCAUAAGUAGAAUAUAGCUGAAUUUCUCCCAAAUUGCAACCAACAAGAUAAUUGUUUACUAUAUGGCUCUGAGUACAAUUACACGAAUGGAUUUAUAGGCAUAUAGCCAGGGAGAAGAUAAUUCUCUCAUUGUGUUAACCCUCUUCAAAUGCAAAUAUGGUUAGAUCAAAAACAUUACUAAUAGAGUAAUUGUCUUGCUGCCAAAGAUGAGCAUGAAAUUCACAAAUGGUUAUUUCUCUAUGGAAAUGUGGUUUGUUUGUUUUUUAAUGAUUGGAUUAUGUGAGGAAAGCUCUGUGUUUUAUGCUGCUACUUCCUGUUCUGCUAGAUGUCUAUUUAGGUCUAUGCAAGCUAUUUGAAUUGUCCCAAUUGUAAACUGAGGAACAAGUUAAGUACUUGAAAUGUCUGACCUGCACUUAAAUAUCCCACUGAAUUAAGGCACUCCUCUGUAUAGCCUCAUCAAGAAAAUCUGUCAGUGCUCACAGAAAACUAUAUAGUUCAUUUUUCCUGCAUUAUUAAAUUUACAGGUGGCGGGUAAGAUUAUUUCAUGAGGAUGAAAGCAAGACACGAAUUAAGUUCUGAAAGUUAGUUUAUAUUUAAGUACCAGUUUUCCCCAGAUAUAUCAAGGAGAAAACUAAUGAUAGUUUCGAUGAUACUGUCCUUGUUGUGAAAUAAACUAAGUUAUCAUUACCCUGAGUCAAAUGAGCAACACAUGUCCUGUUUCAUGUGAUUGUUAAGCUUUUAGGCACAGACCAUCAGACAAGUUUCUAUACAUGCCCCACAAGUAUGAAUGAAAAUUGUGCAAAAGCUCACUCUCGUGACAUAAGCACUAGUUCAGAUCUCAUAUGCCCUCUUCAAAACACUUUGCACCUUAAAAGAAACUUCAAGGGACAGGCUGAAACAGAACUAUAUUUAUUUGAACAGAUGUAAGCAACUUACUCGGUUAUUUUACACAUGAAAGUGAAUAAUUGAUGAUUUUUUACAUUAAAAAUAUAUACAUGCCUGCCUGUUUCCUUUAUAUGGAAUACAUUCAACACUUAUAUGGAAUACACUUAUAUGGAAUACAUUCAAAAGUUCGAAGUUGUUACCCUGAGGUUUUUAAAACCAAAAAAAACCCUGCCAGAGUUAAAAUGAGGAAGACACCAGAAGUUAGCAUAUUUAAUUGGUGAACAGAAUAUUGUAAUAAUGAGGUUGCAUAAGUUAGCAACGCUUAAUAUACUUCAGGGUAUUUUAAAAGAAGUUCAGAAUCAUGGAUGUAAAGAUAAAAAUAACAACCAAAAAAAAAGAAAAUGACUGCAAUCCUGAAAGCCUUUUUAGUCUUCACUCGCUCUUCAAUAGAAACUUCUCAUGCUAAAUCAGGAACCACUUUGACAUGUUACAAGAGAGGUUUGGUAAGUAGAUCACCAUUUAUGUGGAAAAAGAACAAUUGGAAGCCACACUAUGCAUAUGGAUAUCACUAUGUGAGCUGCUGGACAGCACUCUUUAUAAUUUUCAUGUUUUUGUUUUGUUUUUUAAAAAAUUAUAACACAUGAAGACACUGAGUUUUAGUAUGUUGUUCGUUCUCCCGUAAAUCCUUCUCUUGAUCGAUUUAGAUUGAUCAACCUCAACCACUACUACACAGUUGUAAUAGAUUAAAACAUCUCUUACCUACUUAAUUUAUGUUACAUUUCUGCAACAGACUGCUGAAUGGUAAAAUAGGCACAGAUGUUAAGAAUAGUUAACUUUUUUGUUCUAUGAAAAUACUGUCCUCCAAUUUUCCAGGUGUUUUAUGUUUCCAAUUUUAUGUUGGGUGUUCUAAGACUGUACAUGUCUACUAAAUGGAAUAGUAGAAAGUUUUUAUGUUGCAAAUUAAACAGUUGUCAUAAUAAAAGUC